GGGGUCCAAAGUCAAACUCAUAGUGUGCGAACCUCAGUUGUUACUGAAUCGUCUAACUGACCUGGUGGACUACUCUGGAGUUCCGCGAGUUGCGGAUGAGCACAAUCUAUUUCAAGCGCUGGUAAUACGGCUUGGGCUUACGUGAAUUAGAGACAACUGUGAGAUGCCAGCCAGUGAGAACAAGUUCCCCGUGGAGGACCUCAAAGGUCUCCUCUCCCAGACCCUAGGAAACGACAUCAACAUCCUGGAAACAAGCUGGAAGAACCUGACAGACCCCGGCGAGAACUUCGGCAGUUUAAUUCUCGCAGUGAACGUCGUCUUCACCAAGAGCUCCUCCAAGAAGAUCUUGCACACUGUCGUGAAGCUCCCACCGCCCUCAGUCUACCUCCUCCAACUGUUCAACUCCCCCGCGACCUUCAACAAGGAGCUCGUCUUCUACCGAGACGUUACACCAGUCUUCCUCCAACUGCAGAAGGACAAUGGACUCGCAGAUGCCGAGUCAUUGUGGUUGGGUCCGCAUUACUACGGAGGACGUCUCGGUCUGAUGCCCAAUAAAUUUGACGAUCAGGCCUGCAUAGUCCUGGAGAAUCUCAACUACUCCGGCUACCGAAUGAUCGAUCGUCUCAACGGCCUCUCCCGAGAUCAAACUGAGUACGCAGUCAAACAGCUGGCAAAACUCCACGCUAUAACAAUCGCUACGAGAAUUCAAAAGCCAAAAGUAUUCGAAAAUGUAGUGAUGCCAGCUCUGGAGAGUUGCGUCAACGACGAGGCCAUCGCAUGUGUCAUGGACAUGAUAAGAAAAGCUGUUACCGAUUUGGGAAAUAUACCGGAGGCCAAGGAGGAUAUGGAUGAUGUACACAAAACAAUCGAGAGCAUGAUGGAGCUGGAGAAAGCUAUGGAGAAAGAUGAAGACUGGUUUACAUUUGUACACAGCGAUUUCUGGGGCAACAACAUGAUGUACAAGUUCAAAGACAACACUGAUGAGAUUGUGGACAUGAAAAUCGUUGAUUUUCAACUCGGUAAUUACGAUUACGGUGUCAAGGAUCUUAUUUUCUUUCUGAUAUCGAGCCCCAGGAUUGACCUGACCGAGGGCAUAUUCGACGACAUGGUGAGAAUAUAUUACGAGUCAUUCGUGGAGUCACUGAAGAGGUUCAAUGUCGAUACAACGAAGUUUACUUGGAAUAAGUUAUUGAGACUGCUCGAUAUGUGUGGACCGGUGAAACUAGCCCAGUGUCUUGCUAUGACGCAGGUCAUUAAAUCGGUACCUGGUUCAGCGCCGAAGAUCGAGAGCAUCGAGAAUAAGGAGAAUUUCUUGCAAAUCGGAGGUGGGGAGGCUUAUCGUGAUAAAUUGCUGCAAGUGUUGCACAUUUUUAAGAAACGUGGAUGGCUUCUGACGACGUAGAUAUGGAAGUCAUUGUUUGAUAGAUUCUUGUUGACAUUGGGAAUGGGGGAGGGGGACAGGUGGACAUUUGGGUUUUCCAGGAAGAUCAAUAGAGCAUUGGGAAGUUGGGGAGGUGAAAGGUGAGGUGUACGUGUUGUGGGGAGAUAGAGAAUCUAUUUCAUCGACGGUUGUGAGAGCUAUUGAUCCUCUACGGACAUAUUUGAUGGGUCAUCCGUCUGUGGGUAUCGCAUGAGGAAAAAAAUGGGGUCUCAAGCCAGUCGGUCUGAGCUCGUCGCGGUUUUUCAAAUGUUCUUUAUGGUUUCAUAAUCUAAACUGUUCUGCAAAGAGCUAUUGGUCUUAAAAAAAUUAUUCAGUGUCCUUUUUGUUAUGCUUUCCCCUGUGCUCUGUUUAAUAUGGCAUUGAUGAUGGAGAUUCAUUGUAUUUACCUCAAGGAGAUCAGCAACAGCGUCCGGUAGAUUAAAUUCACGUACAACACGUAAUCUCACUUGUCUGUUUAUCUCGUGACGACACGAUAGGGGUAAACUCACAGCCCGUUGACAACUCGGUGACUGUCUGAGUUUUUGUUCACGUUUCAGCAUCGCCGACAUUGUCAUUGCAUCUGGAACUAGAUUAAAUGGUUUUGUUGUAUUUUUUUUGACGAUGAGGAGAGCAGAGAUGGAUCGGUAAAAAUAAUUUUCUCGGGGAUGAGUUUUUCCACGUUCUAUAAGAAUUCUUACAACCAUUUUGUAGCCAAAUAUCAAAGUGAAUAAAACUAUUGAAAUAUAAAAAAAUA